AUGGGCUUUACGAUGAGCGGUAUACAAGCAGGGUCUGCGGCCGCACAUGUGGGAGUGCCAGGUAACGAGGCAGCCGACCAAGCAGCGAAAGAGGCCACCGGAAUCAAUCCAAGCACGGGAGCGAACACCGAGCGGCCGCCAGAAGCAGACUCUCUACGAACACUCACGGCAACCACCAAGUCCAUCAUCCGUCGAGCGAUGAGAGGCGAGUGGGACACGGCCUGGGAGAAUGCCAGGCACGGUAGAGAACUCUUUAGACUCGGGGUGAGGCCAGGAAAGGCGAUACUCGACACGCACACUGGCACACACAGAGCGAUCAGCUCCGCCAUCACACAGAUGCACACGGACAAGAUCGGCCUACGUGCGUACCUCCACGCCAUCAACAAGGCAGACUCCGACCAAUGCGAAUGUGGCCACGGGCCGCAAACCGUACGGCACGUCCUGCUCGAGUGCCGAAACUGGGCGGACGAACGACAUCGAAUGUGGGCAGGCAGGGCUCCAUGCAUCGACAUCAAACGCAUUCUCUGUAGCCCGUCAAAUGGCAGUACAAGCAGCAAAGAUGAUCUUGAGGACUGGACUGCUGGGACAAUUCCGAGCAGUACCAUCCACAGUACUAAAGUACACAUAGCGAAGACGAGUGAUUUUUGGUAUAUAGAAGGAGAGGAGGGCCAGGAAAGGCCUGACAAGUACAUAGACACAGAACAAUCAUUAGCUUUUGAGUGGGGGACGACCGGCCGGAGCGGAAGAAGGAAGUAG